GUUAAGUGCCUGGAGGUCUUGUCAGUGAUGGAACCCUAGAGGAGCAUAAUUGUUCGUUUUGCUGUUGCUGGUGCUCAUACUUCGUCAGGAGACGGAGACCAAGUGCGGGAGGGCAUUUGAUCGACGUUUUUUUGUCACAGAUCUUUUGUCCAGUUUGAUCCAUCAAUUGGGUUGGGAAACUCGAGAAAGUCAGGCUUGCGAACAUGGCGGAAACGAUGAUCGAUUUGCCACCCAAAGGAGGGUUUAGCUUCGAUUUGUGCCGGAGAAAUGCGAUGCUGGAAAAGAAUGGCAUUGCGUUGCCCCGGUUCAGGAAGACCGGCACGACAAUUGUGGGUCUCGUUUACAAGGAUGGAGUGAUCUUAGGAGCAGAUACUCGAGCAACGGAAGGGGAAAUUGUCUGUGACAAGAACUGCGAGAAAAUUCACUACAUUGCUCCCAACAUCUACUGCUGUGGUGCCGGUACUGCAGCUGACACGGAGAACGUCACAGAUAUGGUGAGAUCCCAACUCGAGCUUCACCGCUAUGCUACAAACCGAGACUCACGUGUGGUGACGGCCCUGACAAUGUUGAAAACUCAUCUUUUUGGCUACCGAGGACAAGUGAGUGCCGCUCUUGUUCUUGGAGGAGUUGACGUAACAGGUCCUCAUCUGCAUACAGUUUACCCUCAUGGUUCUACCGACACCCUACCAUUUGCUACUAUGGGUUCCGGUUCUCUGGCCGCAAUGUCUGUUUUCGAAUCCAGAUACAAGGAAAAUAUGACGAAAGAGGAAGGUAUGGAGCUUGUCGCCGCCGCCAUAUGUGCCGGUAUCUUCAAUGAUCUCGGAAGUGGAAGCAAUGUUGAUCUCUGCAUCCUCACGAAGGGUGAGAAAAAGGCUGAAUAUUUGAGAAAUUAUCAAAAGCCCAACCCGCGAAGCUACGUACGGUCAAAGGGUUACGACUUUGUGAAGGGCCACACAGCUGUGCUUUCGACGAAGAUCACCCCGCUGAAAGACCAUGUAGCUAUUAUUGAGGGCGAAGCUAUGGAGGAGUAGCACUCUCUAUUUUCUGGAGUUUCCGCAGUCUUUACAAACCACCGAUUCCGUGUAGAUACACCACAGAUGUAUAUUGAUUACGUCUCAGUGAAGCUUGACUUUGAAUUUCCUUGUAAACUGGUUGCAAUUCUUCUGUGUAUAGGCUGGUCCGAAUUUUUGAAUCUUUGUCAACUAUCUUCACAGUCGGGAAGGAGAGCGUUCCGGUAAGGAUGAAGCCUUGUAAUAAGAACAUUCUGUGGUGCCCACAUGAACCUGGAAUCUUGGGAGAAAAUUUUGAGAAAGGGCGUCAAGUCACGAGCCAUCCAUAGCCGUCUGUGGCUCCACGAGAAAUGAAGUUUCAUCUAGAAUGGGCCAGUUUGAAAUGCUUUGUGGUGCCUCCAAAAUAACUUCUGUUCAGCUCCAGUUGUAUAUUUUAAAUGAGUUGUGGCGGAUCCUUCUUGUACAUUAAAUCCCAAAGCAUCUGGUGCUUUCAGAAACCUACACCACUAAUGUGGAUGUCCAAGAUCUAGAAGGCGAGGACAAUACAUAUAUAUAUACAGAUGAAGGUCGUAACUGGUGCAGUCAGCUUCGCUAAAAUUGACAGGCGAGAAGCCGGACCCAACCUUAAUGCUAAUCAUCACCCAAAUGGGUCCAGAUCUGUAGCAUCAGCCGAGCGGGCUUGUACGGAAUGCAAGGGUAACGCGCUGUACUAAUUUUCUAAGUUGUAAAGGUCAUUCAUCGUGCUCCAGUCGCCUUCCACUUCGACAUUGAAAUCCAAUAUCACCUCUUCAUUCUGUGGCCUCUGUAUUUUAAAUGGCAAGCCGCCUACUUUCCCACACAAGUGGAAAUUUCACAACGUCUAUGACCGUCUG